GAAAAGUUACCAUAACCGUUUUCCUUUUCCCUUUUUUAAAAGUUUUAAACAAAUACAUAAUAAUUAUAAACAAUAUAACUACGGAAUGAGUAACAUAUUAGAAUUAUCGUUAAUGAAUUCAAGCGAUAAGUAUUACAUUAUAAAGCAAUUCAUUAUUGCAACAACGGACUACAUACAAAUAAAAGGCGAGGACUCCGCAAAUGGAAUAAAUAGGCAUUUAGAACUCAUAAACGAAGCAGCCGACUUGAGCAUAUUCGAUCCCCAUGUGAACUUAGUCGUAGAAUUCUUUGUGUGUUUACACGAGCUGCUGUCAAAUUUGGAACCCGGAUCGUUCCUAGUCUGGCCUUGUAUAGACGUACUUACCUUAGCCUGUAAGAACUUGUCGGCGAGAAUGGUGCUUAUACAAACGUAUCAGUUUAUGCCGUUACUAUCGAGAUCGUUGAGUAAUCAGUUACCGAAGGAAAAGAAGUUGAAAAUUUUAGGUUUAAUGCAAGAAUUGUCGUGCGGUAUCAAAAUCUCGUGGCAAAUACCGUAUUUGAUACACAUUAUGUCUACGCUUACGCAUUGGAUCGAGAACAGUGACCAAGAUAUUCAAGCAUUGUCCUUGGCAGUAUUAGUAAAUUUGUGUUAUAAAAACGUACCUGCUGUCUAUACAUUAUCGCGAUGUAUUGACAUAAAGAAAUUUAUUCGUUUUUGUCUGCCUUUGAAGGGCUUAAAAGUAGAAGUUCACGUUUGUAAGUUGCUCAUAAUAUUGGAUUAUAUGAAUGGUAAAGUUCCCGAAGAUGUAGUUCUGAAGUCGAUCGAAGUUACAUUUAAAUCCUUAAUCGAAGCGUUUAGGGCCAAGGAUUAUAUUUUGUUGCGGCACGUCGCCGAAUUUUGCCUCGAUAUGUGGGACAAUAACUGUCAUAGCAGAACGUUACUGAACUUUAACGGCUAUGAUGGUGAUGUGGAAAGUUUGUUGGUGGAACUGGAAGGCAGACACGAAGACGCGCGAAACAACAACGUAUCGCAGUGCGUGGCUGUCGUAUUCCAAUUUUUACAUUUCGUCAUGCAAAAGCGACGUCCGAACAUAAAAUUAUUGGACAAGAGAUUGGUUAACCUGGCGCUGAAGUGGGUACAAGUCAAUCACGUUUGCUCGAACGCUUACGAAAUACUACGCACUUUGGCCGCGAACGUAACCGAAGAAACGUCGAUCACGCUCGAUCCGCUUUUGACCAGCCUGCCGAUUUACCUGCUGGACAUCGUAAACGGUGAGGAGGAGGUGAACACAAAUAUUGAAACGAAUAGGCGACUGAAAUCGUUAUUGGAACUGCUCAGAUCGUUGAUACGAACGGAUAGCACGAGGGAACGCGUUUUGGCCAUUCUAAAGGAGGACUUGUUCAUCAAGAUUUUUGUGCCGUUACUCAAUAAAUCGCCCACAAAAACUAGGGCACACUACACAAGUACACAGACGCUGGACGCUGUCUUGUUGUACGCGAGUGCGAUUGUUUUAAUUAGUGAACUGUGUAAAUAUGACGGCAUGUGGAGGAGUUUCUUUGCGGAUCUAAUGCAGCAAAGACAGAUACAUAUGGUGCUGGCGCAGGCGCUAUACAAUGGCACCAAGGAAACAAAAACGUUAAUAAUGAGUAUAUCAUCGUGCGAACACUUCCCAAUUAAUCGAGUAUCAGAAGCAAUGUGCGAACUACAACCGGCAAUGCAAUUAGAGACGACGAAAAGUGUGUCGAACCCGAUCUCGGAUAAUUUUAACUUUCCCAUGAUGUCAGUUACACAAAGUGAAAAACUGAACGAUUUAAUGGCUAAGAUUAAGGAAGCGUACAACCAAAGUUUGUUAAGUAUCUCGAUGGCGGAUAUUAUGGAAUUGUACGAGUACAAAAUAGCGUCGAUGAACCAGGCCGAACGCGCUGGCACCGCUAGUAUAGAAGCGGCGACGAUGCAUUGCACUCAUUUACAACACAGGGUGGCGCAACUAACCGCCGAGGUAUCGAAAUUGCGCCAACUAGGCCUGCACAGUCAACAGUGUAACGAGGAGAUGGCGAAAACGAAAGAGGCCGUUCUUGCAGAAAAAGCAAAAUUACAGGAAUUGUUGGACGCCGAAAAAUCUAGGUAUGCCAGUCAAUUAUCCGCCAAAGAAAAGGUGUUAAAAGACACGAUGCAGCUUCUGGAGGACACGUCAAAACGACUGAAAGUGGUGGAAACGGAAAAAGGUGCGCUCGAAGAGAAACAGACGAAUCUUAAACAAAUUGUGGCGAAAUUAGAAGACAACAUAUUGAAAAAGGAGGCGCUCGUGCAGAAGAACGAAGAAAUCAUUUUGCGGACUAACGCAAACGUAGACCAUUUAAAUUUGCAAGUCUCGCAGCUGGAGAAGCAAGUCAAGCGUGGCGAAAACGAGCUGGCGUCAAAGACGCGGGAGUUAUCAGAAGUGUCUAAAGAGUUACAUAAUUGCAAGUCCAUAUUGGGGACUAUAACGCAAUUAACUAAUUCACAAUAUGGGAAACAUGCGGGUGGUGCUAUGUAGGUUAGAUUUAAGAAAUUGCACGUUGUACAUAGAGAUCGGAAGUUUUAUUGUCCAUUGACUGAGAUUAGAAUAUUAGGCAAUAAAGGAUAUUUAAUAUAA